AUGCAGGACACUAACCCGCCAAUUGCAGCAAGCACACCGGAAAAGGCAGAGCGCAGUGCCAGCCUGGCAGAUGUGUCCAGCAGCAGCAAAGAGGCAGCUCUCACAGACGGUCUUCCAGGCACACCUUGUCAGGCAGAAGCGCUGCCAGAACAGCAAACCGCCUGGAACACGAGACAGAGGCCCACUGUAUCAGCAGAGGCAAGCGCACCUGUGCCCCCAGCCCCCAGCGAUGACCACCCUGUCCUACAAAGUCCCUUACCAGAACCAGCAGCAUGUCACCAGCAGAAUGGACACAGCAGGCAGAGCGCAGCAGAGGACACGGCCCUGCAGUAUACUCAUCAGCAGAGGGAUGCAGCUCCAAGUGCUUCCUGCGCUGAGGGGCAGGCUCCACGGGUUUCAGAGCCGGGACUUUCAUUAGAGGACGAAGCUGCAGAGGGGAGUGGGGCAGCAGACACAAUCAGUGGCACUGGCUACCUCAUCUGGCUGCCGGAUGGCCGCCUGUCAGGGCACUUGAUCAGCAGCGGGGUGACACUGGGCAUCAUGGGUCGGGAGAUCCUGUCACAGAGGGAGUGCACCAGGGACGCUGAGUGGAAGCUCAUGCAUGUGACCCUGCUGAAUCUGAUCUCCGAGGCCGAGGUGGGGUGCUUGGCAGAGAAGACUGGGGAGGACAGCGCCCGGCUGAGAGCGCCCUUUGACCUGCACGGCUCAGAGGAGCACCUAUUCGGAGAGACUGACCUGCCCAACGACACCACCCUGCAGCUGGAAUUUGUUUGCGAGACAAUCCUGGCGGAUGCGGCGGCAGAGAAGUAUCUGGCGAGGUUUUCUCCCUCGCUCAGGGGACGCGGAGCGUUUGUGAAUGUGGGCCAUUUCACAUGCGGAGGCGAGGCUUUGAAGAAAUUGAUGAGCACGCCUCAUCAGGAACAGGUCCUGUUUGACCCAGAUCUGGAUGGGUAG